AUGAAGAAAAAUCCCGCUAAAAAACAAAAUCGGACAUAUGUGAAAAAGCCAGCUCGCAGGAUUACUAUAUCCCGUUCCAAAUCCCUCAAAAGUGAUUUAGAACGUUAUGAGAAAGUGGGUGGGGUUUUUGAUAAACGUUUGGGUAAUCGUAAUGUCACUUUAACUGAGUCCGAAAAGUCUUUGCAAAGACACAUCGUCGAAAAAUUGAGACAACUUGAUAGUGUCUCGUUAGAAAGUAUUGAUGAUAAAGAUCCUUUAUUCAAAGCGGCAUUUGACUCAAGUUUUCCAGCGAGAAAAUUAUGCACGGCUGAUGAUGUGGAAGGCGGGAUUGAAGGUCAUAUUGUGGAAAACAUCUUCUUCACCAAUGGUUCUACCGGUAAUAAACUGGGACAUAGUUUCAAGGACUCUCUGGAGGAAAAAAUUGCAGCUACAAAAUUGGAAAAGCUAAGACGUGUCGAAGAAAAUGAAGAACAACGUGAGCGAUUAAAGGUCGUCAAUGACGAAUGGACAAAAACAUUCCGUCCGACUACAGCAACUCAGCAGAACAAUAAUACGAAUGUUUCCCGUUUACUAGAAACAUUGAGUACCGAUAAAAAAGUGGUGCCUAUCGGCUCCUUAAAUACACACAACCCACAAGAACAGCUCUUUAGGCUUCAGGAUAUGGUGAGCGCCCGCAGGCCUUCGAUUGAAGCGAGCGACCACGUCAUUGAGUCAGAAACAUUAGUUUCCCAUCUUCGUAUUUUACUCAGACUACCAAAAGAAAAGUCCACUGCUAUUAUCUUCAUUUCUCACAAGCUUUGGACAGCUAGAUUGCAUCGUUUAAAAGACGUUGUUCGCUAUCUUUUCUUAAUACAGUUGGCGUUUGAAUAUUGCUCUGAGAUAUUUGAACGUUUAGAGAAUGAUGGAAAAUUGUCUACAAAUAUUAUUGAAUGUGUUUUAAGAAAACCAUUGACUACUAUUGAAGUAUCCAAUUUGCCGAGUCUCGACAUUCGCCUUGUAAAUAGAUCUUCCCCUUUAUCUCUCAAUGAAAUCCCUGUACUUCGUUUAACUUGCGUUUACAGGAUGAUUCGUCUAGCUAAUCAAGUUUUCCUACUAUAUAACAAAUUCUUACCUAAAUGCGUUCUAGUGAACUUGUUUCGUCCUUUGAAAACGUCUCUGGUAGAAAGUAACUUCCUUUAUCACCCCACGUUUAUAGUAAAUGAAAUCAAAAGUCUCUUCGAAUCAAUCAAGUCAGCAGAAAAUGCUCCUACACCUGCUCGAUUAAUAUCAGAUCGUCGUCUUUUAGUUUUGAAUACCUUGAAACCAACAGAUUCCAAAGAAUUUAAAAAGUUAGGCAUUCUGCCUCAACUAGAGCCGGUUUUCGAUGAACGAUUGUGUGUAAAUCAGCGUGAUAAUACUAAACGGACUUUACAGAGAAAAAUUGCAAAGGAAAAACGUUGUGCAAUGCGGGCUAUUCGUCAAGAUUGUCAAUUUUUAGCUUCACAUCAGUUGAAUAUUAUUAAAAAGAGCGACUAUAUUCGGGAAAAGAAAACAAAAGCCAUCUUAAAUUCGAUGCGUUCAGUUGAAGAUUGA